UUAAUAAUAAACGUUCUGUGGAUACAUAUUUUUCACCCCUUACUAUCUUACACUUUAUAACAAAGAAGUUAUUUUUACUUUGAGGAAAUAAAUUUUAUUCAUACUUCAGUAAUGGAAGGAACGCUGACUUAUACACAUCGUAGAUUUUUAGAUAUCUGUAUUAAAACCUUAAGAUAUAGCGGUAUUUGGCCACUUUUACCAUCAGUUAACGUUUUCUGGAAAAUUUUACAUUUAAUUUUCAGAAUUUUUAAUUAUUCAGCUCUAAUCAUUCAAAUAGCAGGUAUGAGUACUAUUGCUAUAAAUAAUAUAACAGAUAUAACAGUUGCUGGAGAAAUCGGAGGUUUUAUUAUUGGCCUUAUUAUGUGUUUAUUAAAAUUUUUAAAAUUCACAAUAUCUUACGAUGAAAUAAUGAAUCAUGUUGAUGUUGUAUUCAAUCCGAUAAAUAUAUUACAACAAUCGUCUGAUCAGGGAAUAGUAAUGUGUAUUAAAAAUUGUGCAUUUAAAGAAGAAGCACAAAUUACACUUUUUUUCUUGCCAUCGUCAUUUCUUCCAUUGUUAAUGUUAUUUUUUGGUCAUAAACAGAAAGUUGGAUUACCUAUAAAAACUCAAUAUCCCAUAAACACAGCUAUGUCACCAAAUCGUGAAUUGGCAGUUUUUUUUCAAUCUUAUUUAGUAGCUUACUGUAUAACAAUUUUACUUGCCUCCGAUAUGUUGGUGAUUGGAUUGAUCAGAUGGUCAACAAUGCAAUUUGCAGCUUUAACAUCAAAUUAUCAAAAUUGUAACAGUGAACUUAUAAAACGAGCUACUUUAGUAUCGCCAAAAGAAACUUUUGAUAUUUUAAAUAAAUGUGAUGCUAUGAAAAUAACUGAUGAAGAUAUGGAAAUUCAUACAUUUUUGUUAUUUGACGAAAAUGAAAUUGAAAAAAAUAUUGAUGAUAGUUUCAGUUUAAGAUUUAUAACGUGUAUUAAAAAUCAUCAAAGACUUAUGAAAGUUAUUCAUGACCUUAAUGCAACAUUUAGUGUGUUUUUGUUACUUCAGUUUGCAACGAGUUUAACUGUUAUCUGUCUUAAUGGCUUUCAAAUGAUUUUAAACUUAGAUGAUGUUAAAAAUUUUAUGCAAUUUGCGAUAUUCAUAGCAGCUAUGCUUGAAGAAUUAUUUAUAUUUUGUUGGUACGGCAACGAGUUUACUUGGAUGGCAAAUAGUUUAUCUUAUAAUCAAUGGUUGUCUGGUUGGGAGUAUGUUAAAGAUAAAAAUAAUAAUCCUAAUGAUAAUAGUAACAAUAAUUGUGACAAUAAUAAAUUGAGUAAUCUUAUAACGAUUUCUAUGAUCCAAACAAUGCGACCUUUGGAAUUCAAAGCAGUUGGUCUCUUUAUUUUAUCUAUGCCAACAUUUCUCUCUGUCGUCAAAAGUUCAUAUUCCGCUUUAGCUCUUUUAAUAACUAUAAUGAAUAAAACAUAAUAUCAAAUUGUUUGUCUUAAAUGAAUAUAAAUAUAUUGUUUAGUAAAUGCAUUAAAAAAAUGUAUUGGGUCAAAAAUUAAUCUUAUCGUUAGAUAUGGAAAAAUAAAUCUUAUCACUAAUAAAAAAUUUUUUUUCA